AUGAGAUGUAGAAGAUUUUAUCAGAAGAAGGUUUCAGUGAUCCUUUUAGAUGAGAGAAUACUGGAUCCUACAAACUUAGAUGAUAACGGUUUUUCUGCAGGUGAUGCAUCAGAGUCUUCAAGCCCUCAGCUAAGAGCUUUACGAUCAUCAUUAGAUAUUAGUGAAGAGAAUACUAGCUUCAGAAUUAUAGGUGAUAGUGAAGAAAUAGGUAUUCCUAACUCUGAUAUUAUCAGUGAUUUUAGAGGAGAUGGUAGUGAUAACCUGCUUAUAGAUAGACUAAUCAAUCCUGGCCAAACUACUUUACCAAGAUACUUACUCGUAUCAGAGAUAAAUUUAUCAGAUUCUAAGAGUACUCAAGUUAAUAUCGCCUGA